UUUCGUUUUCAUAUGCCAUAAAAAAAAAAACGCUUUCAGUUGACGUGUUGGCAUCGUUGGCAUUAUUGAUGAUUGUUAAUAGAUGGACGGCACGGUUGUUUUAUCUCCUGAAAAGCUUUUACAGCGAUAUUUGGGCUUCCUCAGUAAGUGUAUGACUGGGCCUUUAGUUCAGAAGAUGUCCUGCUGUUUGUGCCGAUCCAACAAAAUCACCAAACAUGAAGAACAGGUUAUUACAUCUCAGUCCACGGACAUGCAGAAAGCCUCCAGACUGAUACAGAUUGUUAUUAAAAAAGGACAAAACGCGUGCAACUCUUUCCUCAGUUGCCUCGGAAUUUGUGACCCAGCAUUGUAUGAAAAAGUCACCGGAUUUCCCGCACGCUUUAAUGACGAGAGUCAUCAACAUUUAGAGGAAAUUCCUCUCUCAGAUAAAGUGCAAUUUACACCUUAUAUUAUAAACAUACAAAACUCUUCCCUGAGCAACUGCAUUAUUGGGAACAACAAUAACCAAUGCAUUGCCUGUGACCAGCAUGCUCUGCUUCCUCAGAAUGAUGCAAUCAGCGAGGAAGAAACGGCAGACCCUCUGAGCCAUGAUCAGCUGAUCCCACCGCAGGACACAAUAAGUGGCAGCAGCAUCAUUCACGUGGAGAAAUCCAACAUGGAACAUGUCAUUAUUGGGGACCACAACAGCAUGACGGUCACAGAGAGCUGUGACUCAGAUGUUGAGGAGGAUACAGAGACUGAGGCUGACAUGAUCAGUUAAAAGGUGUGAAAUGGUGAUCAGGGGAAAUUCAGCUUGACCUAUGAUUGUACACUGGAAGGAUAUAUUUAACAUGCCUUCAUAUGACCGAUGCUUUGGUGCUCAAGCAGAGCUAGACAUUAUUUUACACUUCUGUGCUAUAAGCUAAUACUGUCUUUCCUGAUUGAUACAGAACUGAACUAUGUUUCUCAUGUUUUAAUGGGUACAGCUGUUUAUUGUUUUUGCUGAAAUAUCUGAAAGGAUGCUGGCUGACAUUGUAAUAAUGUAGUAUUAUGUAGUCUUUUUAUAAGAUCUCUGUAAGAAUAGAUGCUGUGUAUGUUGCCAUGGGGCCUAAAAGUUUU